AUGUCGACCUACAAGCGGGCGACGUUGGACGACGAAGACCCCCUGGACUCCCUCAGCGAAGGCGACGGGUACCCCAACGGCUUCCAGGUGAACUUCCGCAGCUCGAGGAGCAGCCCGAGGUGCUGGGGUGAGCGGACGCGCACGGAGAAGCAGCUCGUGGUGCUGGCGGGGGUGCUGGCGGGGGUGUUGGCGGCGUGUCUGCUGGGCAUCAUCUUCCAGUACAGAGCCCGGCCACCCACUGUAUGCCUGUCGGAAGCUUGCAUCUCCGUCACCAGCUCCAUCCUCAGCUCGCUGGACCGGGCAGUAAACCCCUGCGAGGACUUUUUCAGCUACGCCUGUGGGGGUUGGAUCAAGGCCAACCCCCUCCCCGACGGCCACUCGCGCUGGGGCACCUUCAACAACCUCUGGGAGCACAACCAGGCCAUCAUGAAGCAUCUGCUGGAAAACACCACGGCCAACGUGUCGAGCGAGGCGGAGCGCAAGGCGCAGCGUUACUACCAAGCCUGCAUGAACGAGAGCAAGAUUGAGGAGCUGCGCGCCACCCCGCUCGUGGAGCUCAUCCAAAAGCUGGGCGGCUGGAACAUCACGGGUCCCUGGGCCGGUGACAACUUCAACGCGACGCUGCGGGAGGUGACGGCACAUUACCGCACCUCGCCCUUCUUCUCUGUCUACGUCAGCGCUGACUCCAAGAACUCCAACAGCAACGUCAUCCAGGUGGAUCAGUCAGGCUUAGGCCUGCCAUCGCGGGAUUACUACCUGAACAAGACCGAGAAUGAGAAGGUGCUCGCCGGGUACUUGAACUACAUGGUGCAGCUGGGAAUGUUCCUGGGAGGCACCGACGAGGAGUCGACACGGCAGCAGAUGCAGCAGAUCUUGGACUUCGAGACGGCGUUGGCCAACAUCACCAUCCCGCAGGAGAAGCACAGGGACGAGGAGGUCAUCUACCAUAAAAUGACGGCUGGAGACCUGAAGGAGCUGGCACCGGCCGUGGACUGGAUGCCUUUUCUCGCCACAGUCUUCUAUCCCGUGGAGCUCAACGAGUCGGAGCCGGUUGUGGUCUACGCCAAGCAGUACCUGGAGCAGGUCUCCGACCUCAUCCUGGCCACGGAUAAAUGUCUUCUCAACAACUACAUGAUCUGGAACCUGGUGCGGAAAACCAGCCCCUUCCUCGACCAGCGCUUCCAGGAUGCCGAGGAAAAAUUCAUGGAAGUGAUGUACGGGACAAAGAAGACCUGCCUCCCGCGCUGGAAAUUUUGCAUCAGCGACACGGACAACAACCUGGGCUUUGCUCUGGGGGCCAUGUUUGUCAAGGCCACCUUUGCCGAGGACAGCAAACAGGUG